AUGGGGAGUCGCGCCGUCCGGGGUGUUGGUGGGAAUGCGUUCGGGGGUCGCGCGCGCAUGGUGGAGGAGGCGGGGGAAGGGAGAGCGUGGUGCGCUUCCCCGACCCCCGCCCGCGACGUGCCGAGGCGUCCUGACCCCCCGCCGCACCCCGGCUGUCCACCGCGUGGCGCUCCUCCAGCGCGUCCAGAAUUUGACCCCCAGCAAGAGCGAGACUUUUACAGAACUCUCUCCUUGUUGAAGAAGAAGGACCCCCGCAUUUAUCAGAAAGAUGCCACCUUCUACAAAAGAACAGUGUCAUCGUCGGAGAGCGAGGAGGAGACAGCCGCUUCCGAGGAGAAAAAGAAGAAGAAGGAGCGGCCCAUGUAUUUAAAGAACUAUGAGCGGAAGGUCAUCUUGGAGAAGGAAGGCAAAUAUGUCGACGAGGAGGACUCAGACGGGGAAACCUCCCAUGGGAGGCUCCAGCCACUCUCGUCGCAGAGUUACGUGGAAGAACAGAACCAGCUCAAGGAAAGCUUCCGGGCAUUCGUAGAGGACAGCGAGGACGAGGACAGUGCCGGGGAAGGUGGCUCCGGGCUACUGCAGAAACGAGCCAAGACCAGGGACGAGAAGGCCCAGGAGGAGGCCGACUACGUGGAGUGGCUCAAGGGACAGAAGGAGAUCCAGAACCCCGAGUCCCUGAAGGAACUGACCCAUCUCAAGGAAUACUGGAACAACCCAGAGCUGGAUGAAGGAGAGCGAUUCCUGCGGGAUUAUAUUCUCAACAAACGCUACGAGGAGGAGGCGGAUGAGGACGAGGAGGAGGAGGAGGAAGAAGAGGAGGAAGGGGUCCCUGGCCCCCCAGUCCAGCUGGUGGUAGACGACUCCUCGGACGAGGGGGAGCUGUUUCUGAAGAAGCAGGAGGACUUUGAGCACAAGUACAACUUCCGCUUCGAGGAGCCGGACUCGGCCUCGGUCAAGACCUACCCGCGUAGCAUCGCGUCCUCCGUGCGGCGCAAGGACGAGCGCAGGAAAGAGAAGCGGGAAGAGACUCGGGAGCGAAAGCGGAGGGAGAAGGCCAAGAAGCGGGAGGAGCUGAAGCAGCUGAAAAACCUGAAGAGGAGGGAGAUCCUGGCCAAGCUGGAGAAACUGAGGCAGGUCACCGGCAACGACACGCUGGGCUUGGAGGAGGGGGACCUGGAGGAUGACUUCGACCCCACCCGGCACGACCAGCUCAUGCAGAAAUGUUUCGGCGCGGAGUACUACGGCACCGCGGAGGAGGAGAAGCCGCAGUUCGAGGAGGAGGAGGGGCUCGAAGAUGACUGGAACUGGGACACGUGGGAUGGGUCGGGACAAGAAGGAGCCUGGAGCCAGCAGGAGCCACAUUGCGAAGACCCCGACUUUAAUAUGGAUGCCGACUAUGACCCCAGCCAGCAGCGGAGGAAGAAGCGUGAGGCCCCCUUGACAGGCAAGAAGAAGCGCAAAUCGCCCUUCGCCGAGGCGGUGGGCCAGGAGAAGCCCGUGUUCGACCCAGAGGACAAGACCUUCGAGGAGUACCUGGACGAGUACUACCGGCUGGACUACGAGGACAUCAUUGACGACCUGCCCUGUCGCUUCAAGUACCGCACCGUGAUGCCCUGUGACUUUGGGCUCAGCACCGAGGAGAUCCUGGCGGCUGAUGACAAGGAGCUGAACCGAUGGUGCUCCCUGAAGAAGACCUGCAUGUACAGGUCGGAGCAGGAGGAACUGCAGGACAAGAGGGCGUACACCCAGAAGGCCCAGAACUCGUGGAAAAAGAGACAGAUCUUCAAGUCACUCUGCCCGGAGGAGACAGAGACAGAGACAGCCACAGAAGCCACAGGAAAGCCACAGAGAGAGAAAGUCGCCUCGCAGGGGCAGCUGCCAGCUCCAGAUGGCGGCUGCGGAAAGAGGCCCCGGCCUGAGAGCCCUCCGGCGCAGGAAGAGGCAGCCUCCCUGUCACCCACGAAGUCAGCCCCCCAGAAGCGGAAGAGGGGCAAGAAGGCUCGGCUGCUGGGCCCCACGGUGACGCUCGGUGGCCAUGAGUUCAGCCGCCAGAGACUGCAGGCCUUUGGCCUCAACCCCAAGCGGCUGCACUUUCGCCAGCUGGGCCGGCAGCGGAAGAAGCAGAAGGGGGCCGAGAGCCGCCCCUGAGUCCGAGGGGGCAGGCGGGGACCAGCCCAGGACCCCCAAUCUAAUCAAGUCCCUCCUGCCGGCUAAGCAUAACCCCAAGGCUCCCCAUGGUCAAGGGAGGUUUCCCGUUUCACAGGUGGGGAAGCCGAGGCAGACCAGAAGCAACUUGGAGCCCUCUGUCCACGAGAUCCACCCCGACGCAUGCCCUUACCGGACGCUGAGCUGGGCCCCAGCCAGGCUCGUGUCAAACAGCUUUAUUGGCCCCUCGUGGCCACGUCCCCCCCAGCACAGGGGCUCAGGGGCCAGCGAGGGCACAGGCGGUCCAGUGCAAACUACAGUACUUGAGUCAGGCCCUGAGUGGGUGCCUGGGGGUCCCCCCUCCUUCCCUGCCCUGCGGGGAGGGCUGGGCUGGCGGGAGGCAGGCGGACAGGUUCUGCCCAGCGGUUUCCCUGACGGGUCUCAGCGAGGGUUGUCGAGGGGGUGCAAGAACUGGAAAGCCCACAGCUGCAAGAAUUCAAGCUCCCACCCCCAACACGACAUAAAUAAAAAAAUAAAUAGUGUUGCAUCUCU